AAAACCAACAGACAGCCAAGUCAAACAAACCCGCAAACCAUACAUAUUCGAUAGCAGCGAAAACCAGUAAAUAGUAACCACAAUAAAACAAGACAAUAAGACAAAACAAACGCAUUCUCAUGUUCUUUUUGCGUCAAACCCAAGUUACAUGCUCCCUAGAACCCCCGUAAGAAGCAAGGCAAGACAAGACAAUACAAAAAAACACACGGCUGCUCAACGCAACAACGUUCAAAACAAGAGGAAAGUCAAAGUCAAUAAACAGCCAAGUCAACAAAAAGUCUCUCAAAGCAAGCAAGCAAGCAAGCAAAAAAUAAGGCCUCAACAGGCACGGAACUCCACGUUGAACGCGCGCGCACACACUCCAUACACACAUGCCCACACACAUGCCCGAGCGAGUAAAGAGAGGGAAAACAAACCACGCAAUGAAACGCACAAACAGACAACAACAACAACAACAACAACAACACGCCGCGGACGAUCGGGACCACCUAACUGACUGACUGACUGAUUGACUGGGGGGACGACGGGAUUAGCGGACAGCCUGACAGACCAACUAACUGAGGGACGGAUGCUUAGUAGCAAACCUACUACCCCC